UUUAAGACACGUUUCUUGAAGCAGCAUUAUGGAACGCCGACGUAAUCCACCGGCCACGUGUCGUUGAGACAGUUCACUCGGCGGCCACUUGCCUCCUCUCAGUCAAGGGGGUUGUCGUCUGUCUCUCUUUCUCAUUUUCUGUAAUGUGUCUGAAAGGGUUUUUUCUUCUUCUAGUCAAUUUUCAAAAUAAAGCUUUUCAUCUUCUUCACCGUCUCUGUUAACUUUGAUAACAAGUUCUUCAUUCCUUCAUCAUCUGAGAAAUAAAACAAAAAAAAACUUUAUUAUUUAUUUGCUUUGUGUUGUGUUGUUUUGUAAUCUAAUGGGGGAAGAAGCAAGGGAAUGGAACAAAGGAACAAAUCUUUCUCUCGACAUGAACAAGUACCCUAGAGAUCUGUUACGAGGCUUCAUGUCUGAAAACGUUGACGGAAGAGAUGAAACUUCCGACUGCGAAGAUGAGACUGCGGUUGAGCUGAAUCUUGGUUUGUCCUUAGGAGGUCGGUUCGGAGUAGACAAGGCUCCGAGGAAGCUUAAACGGUCUUCUUCUGUUUUGAGCACUAUGCCGUUUGAGAGCUCUAUCGUAGCUGACAAGGAGGAGGUCGAGCCGGAGAAUUACACGGUGGGUUUAGCGAGAACGACGUCGUUGCCAGCGGAGAUGGAGGAAGAAUGGAGGAAGAGGAAAGAGAUGCAGUCGCUUAGGAGAAUGGAAGCUAAGAGGAGGAGGUGCGAGAAACAGAGCUCCCAAACGGCGUCGUUUGAGUCUGAGAGAUGGGUCAACGCUAGUAAAAGCGGGUUUCUACAGAGACAUUUGGUUUCUCCUAGACAAGUGUGUGUUGAUUCCCAUGGAGGAGGAGGGAGCUCGUCGAGCUUGUCGGAGCUGGACAACAAGAAUCAACAACAAGGUUCAUCAAACAGUUGUGGUGACCAAAUAAGCCCAAAGAUGAUGACAAGAUGUUCAUCUAAUAACAGCGAAAGCCACGGGAAUGAGAACGAGACCCCUAAAGGCAAAGGGACGGCUUCGUCUACCGGUUUGUUUGACAUGCCGUGUGUGUUCACCAAAGGUGACGGUCCAAACGGAAGACGUGUCGAUGGGAUUCUAUACAAGUAUGGUAAAGGAGAGGAGGUUAGGAUCAUGUGCAUUUGCCAUGGCAGUUUCUUGACGCCUGCAGAGUUUGUUAAACACGGUGGUGGUGGUGAUGUUGAUCGUCCUCUUCGGCAUAUCGUCGUCAAUACUUCUCCUUCAACGUUUUGACAUGAAAGGAUCUUGUCUUCUUGUUUUCUUGUUUCAUCUUCUAGUUGUCUUAUGUUUUUAAUUUCUUCUGCUUGGUUUGGCUUUAAGAAUGAAUUGCCAAAUCUCAAAUCUUGCUGAAGAUCAAGAUUCUCAUGUGUAAUACUUGAGAACAUCAAGAAUCAUUAAAUGAUUAAAUGAUUCUUAUUUUGCCAGUAA